UUGGACCUUAAUGCUAUGAAGGCAGUGGGUGUGGUUUUAUGUGGCCUACCUCUACAGCCUAAGGACAUUGGUAAUGAUAUUUAUGAAGAGAAGGAGAAACUUUUCUUGAAAUAUUUCAAUACAUUCCUUAACUUGGUUCAUUCAAUGAACAGUGUUGAGACCUCUAAACUAGGUCAGCUAAGGAGAGCCACUAUCACUCGUCAAGUCUCUGCUCUACGUGAAGCUACAAUACUUGCCAUGUCCAACAUGCUCACCGCUAACAUUGACAGUGGACUCACUCACGCUAUAAGUCUUGGGUAUCACAGUGAUUUAAAGACUCGUACCAGUUUUAUUGAAGUGCUGACAUCCAUUUUGAAACAAGGUGCAGAGUUUAACAGUUUAGCUGACACAGCACUUGCCGAUCGUUAUAAUCAACUCCUUGAACUGGUUACCGUGGAAACAGAAGACGGAGAACAUCCCAUAAUGGUUGCACUUAUUAAUUCCGUACCUUUCGAUAAUCUGGAUGAAUUGGCUGAGGUUUUGGUCGUCUUGUUUGAUUACAAGAACAAGUUACCUUCUUUCCUAACACAGAUACUGCUCACCGAG